AUGGCGGCGCCCAUGGAGCUGUUCUGCUGGGCAGGAGGCUGGGGGCUGCCCUCGGUAGACCCUGACUGUCUGGCCGUGCUGACCUACGCGCGGUUCACCGGGGCGCCGCUGAAGCUGCACCGGGUCACCAACCCCUGGAGGAGCCCCUCCGGGCACCUGCCUGCGCUGAAGACUCGGGACAAGGGCACCAUCUCCAAAAUGCAACAGAUCAUAACCCACCUCAGGAAACAGAAGUACAAUGCUGACUACGACCUCUCAGCUGCACAGGAAGCAGACACGUUGGCAUUCAUGUCCCUGCUGGAGGAGAAGCUGCUGCCUGUGCUGAUCCAUACCUUCUGGGUAGAUGCCAAGAACUACGUGGAGCACACACGGAAGUGGUAUGCAGAAACCAUUCCCUUCCCCCUCAACUUCUUCCUGCCCAACUCCAUGCACAAGCAGCACCUGGAGCGACUGCAGCUCCUGUGGGGAGAUAGCUACAUGGAAGAUGAAGAGAAGCUGGAGAAGGAGCUCUACCGGGAUGCUCGGGAAUGCCUGACCCUCCUCUCCCAGCGCCUUGGGGCCCAGAAGUUUUUCUUUGGAGACUCGCCAGCCUCCCUCGACGCCUUCGUCUUCAGCCGCCUGGCGCCGCUACUGAAGGCGAAGCUGCCCAACGGCAAACUGCAGCAGCACCUGAAGUCCCUGAAGAACCUGUGCAACUACUGCACCUCCAUCCUCAGCCUCUACUUCCCUUGGGACGGAGGUGAGCCCCCAGCCAGCGCCCCGCGGGCUGCAGGUGCUGAUGGUGGUGAGGCAGAGGAGGACCCCCACAAACGGCGCAACCAGCUGCUGUCGGUGCUGGUGGGGCUCGUGGCCAUGCUGGGCUAUGCCUUCCUGAGUGGCAUUGUCUCCAUCCAGCGCGGUGGUGUGGGGCCAGCUGGCCGCCAGCAAAUUGGCCUGGAGGAGGAGGAAGAAGAGGAGGAGGAGUGA